AUGAGCAUUGCUGAUUUAGCGGAGAGAGAGUUUGCAAAAUUUGAGGAAGCAGAAAGAUUUUACUGCAACUAUGCUCUUGCAAUUGGUUUUAGCAUAAGAAGAAGUCGUUUGAGAUGUAGCGAGGGUGGGGUUGUGAUGGGAAGACAAUGGGUGUGCUCAAAAGAGGGGAGUAGAUCAAAGAAAUGGACGAAUAGAGAUGAUAUGGUUCGUACACCAAGGAAAGAGACUAGAGAGAAUUGUCACGCUACAUUUGCUGUGAAGUAUUGUCCUAAACGGGAUGCUUAUAUUGUGACUAAAUUUGUAAAUGAGCACAGCCACCGACUUGCUAACUCACGUGAUGUGCCUUUUCUUCGUUCACACCGAUAUGUUACGGAAUCUAACAUAGCACAAUCUAUGUCUAUGAGAAAAGCCUCUAUUAAAACCAAUCGGACAUACGACUAUAUGGUUGACCAAGCAGGUGGAUACAUGAAAGUAGGGUUCACUAGUAAGGAUCUAUAUAACAUGAUAGAUUUCGAGCGUCAACAAGUGGUAUUGGAUGGUGAUGCACAAGCAGCAAUAAGCUACAUGAAUGCCAAGGUACUCAGAACUUUUUUGACUUCUAUGAAGGACAAGAAGCCUGUAUCUAUUGUCACGGACGAGGAUGAGGCAAUGCGCGUAGCAAUUGAUGAAGUUUUUCCCGAUGCACAUCAUCGUUUAUGUACACGGCACAUCAUGAGGAAUGUGAACACCAAUGGUAUGCAUAAGAACUUGAAGGAUGGAAUUGGUAGAGGCAUGAAGUUAGUAAAGUGUAUUCCACGGAUUGAAAGAUCAUUAUUGAGGUUGAGAAAUGAGAAUGUGAAGGAUGACUUUGAUUCCAACAAUUCACACCCAUUCCUUCGUACGCACCUCCGAUCACUAAAGGAACAUGCAGCUUCUAUUUUCACUCACGACAUUUACAAGUUGAUAAGAAAUGAGAUAAACAAGGAGGCAAAAUUAAUUCUCAUGCAACCUGUAAGAAACAAUGAAGAUCCUCUUGUUUACACAUUUUCCAAAUUUGGAAGACCCGAUGACAAAUGGACUGUAGUGUACUACAAGAAAGAGCAACAUAUGCAGUGUUCGUGCAAAUUAUUUGAAUCCAGUGGAAUUCCAUGUUGUCAUAUGUUUGGAGUCAUGAAAUGUGAUCAUAUGGAUCAAAUACUUCCGACCUUAAUAAUGAAGGGAUGGACAAAGGAUGCAAGACGUAGGAGUGAAUUUGUAGUCAAGUCGGAUGAUGUUCCCAACGAAACUAUUCAAAUAGCUAGGUUUAGGUCAUUAAGGGCUGAUUUUAACAAGCUUUGUUUUUAUGGAUCACAGACAAAAGUAGUUUACAAGAGGUUGAAGGCUGAAUUUGGGAAAUUAAAUACUUUGGUUGAGACAUGGAAGAAGCAACAUGAGCAAACUAGUCUUAAUCUAGGAUGCCAUAAUAAUGUUGUAAGAGACCCCAUAGUUGCUAAGACAAAAGGAAUGCAAACAACGGGAAGCAAAGGCAAAAAGGCCCCACAAUGCGGAGAGUGCAAGGUUACUAGUCACAACAAAAGAAACUGUCCAAAUCACAUUGUUGGUGAGAGCGUUAAGCGGAAAAGGGGUUAUACAAGUGACAGGAGUGAUAUUCUUUCUAGUUUUGGACCAGAAGAUGAUACAACUGUUGGGAACAAAACAUUUUAUUCCUCCUCGAGUGCUGUUCAUGGGACUAAGACGUUGUCCUCUUCUUGUACAACCCCUAACUCGGGCUUCUCAUAUGGCGAAGUGUCUAGUGGCUCCACUCGUUACACCUCUGAUGGUUUCACCUUUGAGACACCCGAGUAUAGUUACUUCCACUUGAAGCCACUUGCUUUAACUCGACCAUUGACUGAUGUGGAUUGGUUGCUGCGGGCAUUUCGCUGGUUAUCUGCCCCAGAUGUGAGGGAAACAUCCCACAACUUGGAGCAGUUUAGGACAACACUCCGAUAUACCAGUACUGAUCAAAGGACUGGUUGGUUGAAUCCACUGAUUAUUGACUCUUUCGAAAUGAGUAUGUCAUAUAUAAGCAUUAUCCAACUAUCAUCAAUAAUAGUGCAGAAAGGUGUGUGCUCUGUUGGUCUGAAAUUUCAAGCUAGUGAAAUUAAAAUUCCUUCAUGGAGUGUUCAAGUGGUGGGAUGGGGGGACGCAGAUGAUUGUGAAGUGUUGGAUAUCCCAAGAGGCAAGUCUAGCACGUGCCUACCACUCCCGGAGGAUGUGAAAUAUGUAAGUGCAUCGAUAGCAACACAAUUAUUGGAUAUGAUUAGUGGCCUAAAUUCCUUGCUCUUCACUAAAUGCAUGGCUGCUAGGACAAUCAUAAGCGAGCUUCGACAAGGGACGCACACUCAACACAACCAUAACCCCCUUGCUAGAAAAGAAAUUGCUGAUGCGGAAGAUGAAAAUAAAAUUGAUGAUGAGGGUGAUGAGGAGGAUGAGGAGAACGAUAAUGAUUUUGAGACAUCAUGUGAGGAUGGUGAGGAGGAUGAGAAGGAUGAGGAGAAUGAUAAUGAUUUUGAGACAUCAUGUGAGGAUGGUGAGGAGGAUGAGGAGGAUGAGGAAAACGUGGAGGAUGAGGAGGUAGAGGAAAACGGGGACUAG